AUGCAAUUAUCUGCUAGGAUCAGACCCAGAGAUUUAGAAGAGUUUUUCUCCUCCGUAGGCAAGAUCAGAGAUGUUCGUCUUAUUGCUGACAACAAGACUCGCAGAUCUAAAGGUAUCUGCUAUGUCGAGUUUGCAGAUAUUGAAUCUGUGCCAUUGGCUAUUGGCCUGUCUGGUCAGAAGAUUUUGGGGGUGCCAAUCAUAGUACAGCCAUCACAGGCAGAGAAAAACCGAGUCCAAGCAGCUGCAGCAGCACAGGCCGCGCAGAAAUCCACCGAAGGUCCACUGAGAUUGUAUGUGGGCUCAUUGCAUUUCAACAUUACUGAAGACAUGCUGAGGGGAAUCUUUGAGCCGUUUGGCAAGAUUGUGGACAUCAAGAUCAUGCGGGAUCAUGACACUCAGCGCUCACUAGGAUUUGGAUUCAUUACAUUCACAAAUGCUGAAGAUGCCAAGAAAGCUCUGGACCAGCUGAAUGGCUUUGAGUUAGCAGGGCGUCCAAUGAAAGUUGGGAAUGUUACUGAGCGAACUGCCGAGGGUGGACAGGGAGGCGGCCACGGCCACAUGGACAUUGACGAAAUGGAUAGAGCAGGAUUUGAUCUGGGAGCCACCGGUCGCCUACAGCUGAUGGCAAAGCUGGCUGAAGGCACAGGUUUUCAGAUACCAGAGUAUGCUGUUAAUGCUCUCAAUAACCUGGUUACACAGACCACUACCGUUGGAGGCAUCCCCCUAAACCCGUUUUCGCCCGCACCUUUGCAAGCUGGCAUCCAGUCCAACCUGGCAGCCAUCCCUGGAACAGGUGUUGCUCAAGUGACCAGUGCCCCACCAAUAGCCACCCAGUGUUUCAUGUUGUCCAACAUGUUUGAACCAGCAACGGAAACCAGGUCUAACUGGGACCAGGAAGUGCGUGAUGAUGUGAUAGAUGAAUGCAACAAACAUGGAGGCGUCCUGCACAUAUACGUGGACAAGAACUCCCCUCAGGGGAAUGUCUAUGUCAAGUGUCCAAGUAUAUCUGCAGCAGUGGCUUCAGUCAGCGCUUUACACGGACGCUUUUAUGCAGGACGAAUCAUCACAGCAGCUUAUGUUCCUCUACCCAACUAUCAUGGCCUGUUUGUUGACUCCUUGCGGGCAAAUCAGUUGCUGAUGCCAUCCUCUCAAGCUCUCUCGGCGUCUUACCAGACUGGAUUCGCAUCACAGUACCCCCUACGAUAA